AUGAUAUCUCUUCUAUACCAUGUUAUAUCUGGAUCUCUUACUAAAAAUCUCUUAAUAAUGAGUCAAAAGCAAAACUUGAUGAUACAAGUUAAGAGUCUUUUCUGUAUAGAGUUCACAGCUCAUCCAUUUGUAGCUAUUCUCGAUGAAAUCAAUAUUAUUAUGCGUCAAAUGUCUAAUGAUACAAAUGUACAGAAAUCUGAGAAUGCAAUAUGUGAUGUAUUAAGAUCUGCAAAACAUGUUUUGACUAUAGAUGCUUUUGCGAAUAAGUUAAUAUUAGCAUUUCUUAAAGCAUAUCAUGAUGAAGACAUUCAUAUAAUUGAUAAUAGAUACCAGCCUCAUAUGGAUGAGAUGGUUGAAAUUCUUUAUGAUCUGAAUAGUGAAGCUGAAGCUAUAAAAAUAGGAUAUGACCUUUUAAGGCAAGAAAAAUGUGUAGCAUUUGUAUCUACUAGAGCAGUGAUAGCUAGAGCGUUAGUAGAAAAAACAUCUAAGUUAUCUAAACCUGAUAAUUCACCUGUUAGAGCUUGUGUAUAUUAUGGGAUAUGGAUGGAAAGCAAAGACAAAAAGACUUUUUUAAUAUUAAUGAUACCUAAGAAGAAUUCUAAUGAACUUUUUCGCCUGCCAGGUUGUGAAAAUAUUCAAGCAGAGCUUAAAAGUGCUCAACCUAAUAAUUUGCCUAUAGCAAUAAAAGGAUAUUGUAAAUGGAAUAAUAAUACCAGUUCUUAUAAAGUUAAUUCGUCUUCAGCUAUAAUAACUUUUAUUGAAGUUAAGCAUCAGAAACGUCUUUCUGCAAGAUAUUUUAUUGAAAAGCUUUGUAGUCUCAUAGCCAGUACGGGUGUUUCCUUCCAACUUAUAAAAAUAGAUGAGAGUCAAAGAAAUACAGAUUUUAAUGCAGUUGCUACUUUCUGGAAUCUUAGUUCUGAAGAAGCUGAAGUUCUUAAAUUCGACCAAAA